AGGUAGGGAUCCUUAUUCCUACUAUAACACCAUCUCAGGCCCCGACUCCGGAGGAUCUGGGCCCGAAUUUCACCCCUAUCUGCUUUUGGACGUUUUUAACAACCUACCAAACUCAGAGAGAGGACUUCAAAAAAAAAAAAAAAAUGCAGUAGCUCAUCCGACCCACCCAGUGCGUCCUCUUCCUGGAGAGACAGAUACAGAGAGAGUGAGAGAGAGAGAGAGUGAGAGAGAGAGAUCCUAUUAUUUUCACGACUCCAAAGCCCUAAUUUUCUGGAACAUUCAUGGCUCUUCGCUCAUCAUCACCAGUCAUCAUAAUCGCCAUCGCCUUCACUCUCGUCUCAAUCUCCUCCUCCCUUCCCUUCAUCGUUCUACACGGAAUAGGAGAUCAAUGCUCCAACCGAGGAGUUAAACGGUUCACUGAGCAACUGAGCAAGUGGUCAAAAUCUGAAGGAUACUGCAUAGAAAUUGGAGACGGCUCAUGGGAUUCUUGGUUUAUGCCCCUACAGGAACAGGCUGAAGAAGUUUGUGACAAGGUGAAGAAAAUGAAAGAACUCAGCAAGGGUUUCAACAUAGUUGGUCUCUCCCAGGGUAACCUAAUAGGUCGAGGUGUAGUAGAGUUUUGUGAUGGAGCACCCCCUGUAAAAAAUUUUAUCUCAUUAGGAGGACCUCAUGCUGGUACUGCUUCUGUUCCUCUUUGUGGUUCUGGCCUUUUUUGCAUUUUGGCAAACAGCCUAAUGAAAUCAGAGGUCUACAGUGACUAUAUCCAAGCUCACUUGGCCCCUAGUGGUUACCUUAAACUACCAAAUAAUAUUCCUGCAUAUUUAGAGAAAUGUAGAUUUCUGCCAAAGCUGAACAAUGAAAUCCCUGAAGAGAGAAAUGCCACUUACAAGAAACGGUUCAGUAGUUUACAGAACCUGGUGCUUAUCAUGUUUCAACAUGACACUGUUUUGAUACCAAAAGAAACCGCCUGGUUUGGAUAUUAUCCAGAUGGGGCCUUUAAACCGGUUUUGCCUCCACAUCAGACUACACUUCAUAUAGAGGAUUGGAUCGGUUUGAAAACCUUGGAAGAUGCUGGGAGGGUCAAGUAUAUCAGUGUGCAUGGAAGGCACCUUGGAAUCUCAAAUGAUGAUACAAAAAAAUAUGUUGUUCCUUACUUGGAGGAUGAAUCAUCAGAAAAGUACAGCAUUAAAAGGCAGUCUCGCAAGGAAAUGCAAGUUAUUCAUCAGAAAAGUGAUGAAUCAUCUGCCGAAAUGAUAGUUCAAGAAUGAUAUCCUUAUACUUGGCCAGUAUCAAUCAUGAGCCUCAUUGGAGAACUAAUUGGGUUUGCAGAUGACAGUCAUCUACACCGUUGAUUAAGCUUCGGCUAAAAAUCAAUUUAAUUAUUUAAUUUGGAACCACUAAGCAUAUUGAAUUGUGCAGUAUUUGUAUGUUCAUGUUUGGUCCUGCAAUAUCUCAGCAGUUGGUCUGCAUUUGUGAGGACAAUACAUUCUUGGUGUUGAAUGUAUUUAGUCAAUGAAUGCCCGAAGGACACUUGUAAAAUAAGCUGCAUUUGUGAGGACAAAUAUAUUCUAGGUGUUGUAUGUAUUUUGUCAAUGAAUGCCCGAAGGACACAUUUGUAAAAUAAACUUGAAAUGAUUGUAUAUGAAUGUGUUGCAAAGAAUGAUUAAAA